AUGGGAAGAUCCGCGUUGCUCCUCCUCUGGUGUGUUUCCAUUGCUUCUUCAUUAGCUCCGGGAUUGAAGCUGCUGGCUCUAGCCCAACCAAAUCCAGGUUUCAUAAGCAUCGAUUGUGGGGCACCUAAUGAUUACCUUGACAAUGACCUUGACAUAUACUACAAGGCAGAUGCUGGGUUUGUAGAUUCCGGAAUAAACAUGCAGGUGUCCACCGAGUUAAUCUACGAAAACUUCCAACAACAAUCGAAGAAUCUCAGGAUCUUCCCCAGUGGAACAAGGAAUUGUUACACAUUAAUGCCAGAUGAAGGAAGGGGCAACACAUAUUUGGUCAGGGCUUCAUUUUGGUAUGGUGAUUAUGACGGCAAGAAACUAUUCCCGACAUUUGACCUCUUUAUUGAUGUUAACUAUUGGAUCACGGUGAAAUCUUCUAGUUGGUCAUACGAAGAGAUUAUUUACACUCCUCCAAGAGAUUAUAUACAAGUUUGCUUGGUGAAUACCGGCUCGGGAGUUCCAUUCAUAUCAACUCUUGAGUUGCGGUUGCUAGAUAACUCGACUUACCAGAUCAAUUCCGGUGCACUUGUAACCUACCUGAGAUAUAAUUUGGGGAGCCAAAACACAUACAGGCAUCCACAAGAUGUAUAUGAUCGCAUCUGGAACAAUUGGUCGUCAGUCAGCAACACGACGGCCAUCGUGACAAGUACAAGCAAUGACGCCUAUAAAGUUCCAUCCGAAGUUUUGAUGACCGCCACAGAAGUACAAAAUGUCACUGAUCCUCUGAGUCUGUCAUGGACCUCAAAGGACUCCAUCAUUGUUUGGUGUGUAUACUCCCACUUUGUGGAAUUGCAAUUGCAAAAGGGUCAAUUCAGAGAACUCACGGUAAAUGUACUAAAUCAAUCCGUGAAAACCGUCAUGCUGGAGAACCUAAAGCCGGUGACCAUAGCCUCAUUUCCCAUGGCUGGACUGUCUUUGGACUUGACUAUUAGUGCGACGGCCCGCUCUAGUUUGCCACCGCUCCUCAAUGCCAUUGAGAUUUUCACUGUGGCGCAGCUUCCAAAUUCACCAACUUUUCUUGAUGAUUUUAAUGCCGUGUAUGACAUCAAGAAAGCAUAUAGGGUGACGAGAGCAAGUUGGCAGGGUGAUCCAUGCGUUCCUACACAGUACUCAUGGAAUGGUCUGAAUUGUAUCUAUGAUAGUUCUCCAAGAAUCAUCUCAUUGUAA